GUUAUGCAGCCCUGCAAAUUAUGAAACGUUAGUCGCAUCACAAAGAUAACGCCCACAGCGAUACGUAAUAAAAGGUCCGUUCUCCUAUGCUUUAAGUACAACACUGGCCCGAAUUGACAGGGGUCUUACCCUGUCGUCUCGACUCGCCUUUGACGCAAGUAAAGAAAACAUUUCACGAGAGUGUCUAUAAGCAGAGCCACCUGAAGAACUGCCACUGAGAUGGCGCUCACCAUUUUCGGCCAAGCGCUGUUCUUCGCCAUAGCAACCGCUAUGGGCCUCUGGAUGCAGGGAUACGUUAAGCUGCAGAUCGCUGUGCACGGUCCCUCUGUUCUCGUUCCCGCAAACAGAACGGAACCGGCAGAAUUCUACAGCGAGAAGUUCGGAAAGCACGCAUAUUUGACGGCAAACAACAUUACAUUCCACUAUGUGACCAAGGGCUGCGAUGUUGAAAGCCGUACAAUGCUGUUGUUCUUGCACGGUUUCCUGGACUUCUGGUUCAUCUGGAACAGACAGAUACCAGAGCUCAGCAAGGAAUUCUGUGUUGUGGCCCCGGACAUGCGCGGUUACGGUAACACCACACGACCGAGCGACACCGCCGAAUAUCUCAUGCCGAAAUUAAUCGGCGACGUCAAAGGACUUCUGGAUAAACUGAACCCCAACCACAAGCGAGAAGUUGUGCUCGUGGGCCACGACUGGGGCGGUAUGAUCAGCAUGUGCUUCGCUACUUUGCACGAGAAGAUGAUCGACAAGAUGGUGCUCAUCAACAGCAUGCAUCCCAAGGCCUUCAUUAAGCAGCUUUUCCGCAGCCCUACGCAAAUGAGGAUGUCAUGGUACCAGCUUCCGUUCCGUCAACCUGUGGUGCCCGAGCAGUACCUGAUCCUGAAAGACUUUGCCUUCUUUGACAUGGUACACAAGGGCUUCACGAAGGAGGAGGAAUACGCCCACAAGUACACCUACUCCAAACCGGGAGCACUGACCGGUACGAUCAACUACUACCGCGCCUUCAACAACGACAGUGACCAGUUGAACAAAAUACCCUACCGCAAAAUCAACGUCACUACACUCAUGCUUUGGGGCAAGAAAGACGAGUUCAUUACCACGCCCGUCGCCCAAUACAACCAGGAGUGGUUGUCGAAUUCGCUGGUGGUCUACUACGAGGGAGCGGGUCACUUUGCCCAGCGGGAAUGCCCCGAGCAUGUGACCGAGCGCAUCCGCGAAUUUUCUACCACGGGCAACGUGAAUGUGGCCGAGGACACACGUUGGUCGUGGUGGAAGUCGGCCAAACCUCCAUGCAGCGAGUCCAAGGUAGCAGGUGCUGGUUGGACACCCCAAGGUCUUCCUUUCGUUCCUGAUGGUGCGGAGCUUCCCGAGUCUAUGAGAGCAUAGAUAACUUAAGUCUCCGCGACUUUGCUGUUUGCAGUCGACAUAAACUAAAGCUUUGAAUAAAGGCGCUAAAACACAAAGGCUUCUGAUAUUCCAAAAUGAGCCUAUCGCCCUU